AAUACAAAAAUCUUUUCGUAAUCAACGAAAAUCGUGCCGCUAUACGCUGCUGUGCUUGUGUACAUCCUGUGUGGAUGUUACCUACCUAAAGACGCCUUUGUGGAUAGUUCUGUGUGAAUAUCCCAUUGCUGCUGCCUAAGUAUUAUGUCCUACCGUGUCAUGACCGGACCUGUUUUAACAGGUUUUAUAAUUAUGUUGUGUACAUUCUAUGUGGAUGUUACCUACAUUCAAAAAGCUUUGUGGAUGGUUCAUAAUGAACAUCUCUGGCUUUACAGGCGCUCCAAAAGAUGUCCCAGUGGCAGGCCCAUCCCGCAUAGACCGACCGGCCAGUGCCGCGCCGAGUGCCGCGCACGCCGGGCCGCCGCCGCCGCCGCCGCCGCCGCCGCCGCCGCUGGAGGGAGAGGACGACGUGGUCGUUCUGGACGACGAGAUGCUCGAGCUGCUCGGCCAAGCGCCGUGUAAGGACAAAAAAUAUGGCCCAAAAAUUCAGAGGGACCUCGCACUACGAUGGGAGUUUGUGGCCACAACGGGGCUGACAAAGGAGGAGCGUAAGGAGCUUCUCGACAGACAUCUAGUUCCAGAAAAUUGCCAAAAAAUAGAUGCACCGCUUUUGAAUGCAGAAAUCAAGGCAGCCUUGUUAGACAAUCCUAUCAAGAAAGACAAGGCCAUUGAAAAUAAGCAAGGUCGUAUCAGCGCCGCAAUAUCAUGCAUAGGGGAGGCUCUUACAAAAAUAUUUGCUCAGAGUAAUAAAGAUACGUCGGUGGUAAAAUUACUUAUCGAAGCUGGGCGCCUUGUGUGUGAUCUACAGCAUACCGAGUCAAUGAAUAGACGUAGUUUCAUAUGUUCCGGUAUUAAGAAAGAAAUUAAGGAUCACAUAUAUGAAACUGAUAUCGACAGAUAUCUAUUUGGCGAAAAACUCGCACAAACCCUUAUUUCUGCCAAGGCGAUCACCAAGUCGGGAUCUGAAAUAAAAAUAAGUUCCGCAAAGAAUAAUUCUUCUGCUUCGAGGUCAAAGUUUCCACGUCCUUUAAACUCGAAGCCCCCACUCCCGUACAACGCGGGUGCGGCAGUGGGCCGCUGGCAGCAGGGAGCGCCGCGCCAGCCGGCGCACGCGCCCCCUCGGCGCCGCCCCCCGCCCCCCGCGCAGACAUCGCGGGCACCGCCGCCGCCGCCGCUGCCACCGCAGCAGCGCUCACAGUACCGCGCUCCACAGCGGCGCCAGUAGAUACGGUAUGUGGAAGACUUCGCUCGUUUUAUAAUCAGUGGAAAAUUAUAACCAAUGACCCUGUAAUUCUAUCCUGGGUUCGGGGGUACCAAAUACCGUUUACGGAACCUCCUAUUCAGUCGCACAAACCGGGAAGCCCAUUUUGUUCGCCGUCUGAUAUUAUUGAAUAUAAUAAGGCCAUUAAUGACUUAUUAGCAAAAGGGGCAAUAUCCGAAUGCGUACCGGUAGAAGGCCAAUAUCUUUCUAGUUUUUUUCUGACCGAAAAACAAAAUGGCAGUAAAAGAUUUAUACUAAACCUAAAAUCACUAAAUAAAUAUGUGUCAACACAACACUUUAAGUUAGAAGACCUAAGAACAACACUAAAAUUAAUUACGCGGGAUUCAUUCAUGGCGUCGCUAGAUUUAAAAGACGCAUAUUUUUUAGUACGGGUCUCCAAAUUACACAGAAUCUAUUUGCGCUUUCAGUGGCAACAACGAACAUACGAGUUUAAUGUACUACCCUUCGGGUUAAGUACAGCACCCUUCGUUUUUACAAAACUGCUCAAACCAGUCAUGUCUUUGCUCAGAUCCCUUAACUAUUUAUCUACUAUUUACAUCGAUGAUAUCUGCUGCGUUGGCAGCAACUAUGACAACUGUCUUAAUAACCUUUCUCAAACA